AUGUUUUUGAACAUUGCUUCUGGAAGCCCAGUCUCGUCGGAGGCUUCAUCCACUGGUAAAACUGGAACUAACAGCAAUCGCGAAAUCCAGCUGGGUGUCUAUUUCACUGUCUGGACCAUUUACACUUUGUACUUUCACCCGCUCUGUAAUUAUCCCGGUCCCAAGCUGGCUGCUAUCACUCCGCUGGUCCAUUUGCUUUGGGACGUGCAGGGUAAACAACACUCAACCAUCAAGAUACUUCAUGACAAGUACGGUGAUAUCGUUCGUAUUGCCCCCAAUUCACUUGUCUACCGCGCUGCGCCUGCUUGGAGAGACAUUUACGGUCAUCGCAAGAAGGGCCAUUUGACUUUCCGCAAAGAUCCCGCUCUGUACACACCUACCCCCAACGGAGUGAAUGCCAUCAUCACUGCCAAUGACAAGCAGCACAAUCGCAUGCGUCGUCUGUUGACCCAUGCGUUCUCCAGUAAGGCCCUCGGCGAGCAGGAAGGCAUCUUGCACACUUACGCCAAUAUGCUCAUCGAGAAGCUCAAAGGCCUACUGGGCCAAGAGCAGUCUCUUGUUGUCGACAUGACGCGCUGGUUCAACUACGCAACCUUUGAUCUGAUCGGUGAUCUUGCUUUCGGCGAGCCGUUUGGUUGUCUCGCCGAGAGCCGGUACCACUGGUGGGUUGUGAUCAUCCUGGACGCGGUCAAGGCCAGCUCAUACCUCAAAGUCUUCUGGUUCUAUCCUAUUCUUCUGCCGCUAGUCGUAUUCUUGAUCCCGCGCCACCUGAUGCAGAAACGGACGGAUAGCUUCAAUCUGAGCGUUGAGAAGGUCCGUCGUCGUCUCAAGUCCGGGACUACUCGCCCUGAUUUCACCUCGUACAUUCUUAGGCAUAGUAAGGACGGAAAGGGUUUGACUCCCUCAGAGGUUGAUGCCAAUGCUGCUGUGUUCGUGCUGGCGGGCAGUGAGACAACUGCUGCCCUGCUGUCUGGUUGCGUGUACUAUCUCCUUCGUCAUCGAGACAAGUACCUUCGACUAAUCCGUGAGGUCCGUGGUGUCUUUGGUCAGGCGUCUGACAUCAACUUGUCAGUCAUUGCGAAGAUGCCUUAUCUAAAUGCAGUUCUGGCGGAGACGAUGCGUAUCUAUCCCCCGAUCCCGGCCAUGCUACCCCGAAUUGUCCCUGAGGGGGGUGCCUUCAUCGACGGCGAAUACGUGCCUGAAGGAGUAUCUGUCUCGAUUUCGUUGUACUCGGCCUUCCACUCCGCAGACAACUUCCUGCUCCCAAAUGCCUUCUUCCCUGAGCGCUGGCUUGAUAGCCCCGAAUCUGGUCGGUUCAUGUCUGAUAAGAAGGAGGCAUUCCAGCCGUUUUCUUAUGGCCCUCGAAACUGUCUUGGGCAGCAUCUCGCCAAUGCUGAAAUGCGCUUAAUUCUUACCAAAAUCCUUUUCAACUUCGACCUGAAGCUCGAACCCGAGUCCAUGGGGUGGUCCACUCAAAAGUCUUUUUCGCUCUGGAAGCGACCUCCUCUGAUGGUGCAGCUCAACCGCGCCGGUUCGAUGGAGUUCAAUCCCUUAGCCUAA